UAGUAAAUUCCGAAAUUAAGCGCAAUAUGACUGAUAAAGCUCAAAAGAAAGAUAAUUUCCAAGUAAAAGCUCAGGAGAAGAUAGGAGCUGCGAUGCAUGCGAUUGGACUGGCCCUAUCAAACGAGUUAAAUCGAGGAAAGAGCAUGGAUGCAACUGCUGUGGCUUUUAUGAGUGAUGCAGGUCGAAUAUUGGCGGAUGCUCAUUAUAAUAUUUCAAUUACAAGGCGUGCUUUUAUAACUCCUAAUGUUAAUAGAUUACUAGAAGAUGUUACAGCGGGUCAGCCAAUCGAAUCUUUACUUUUCGGAGAAAAACUCUCGGAACGACUAAAAGCGGCACGUGAGGUAGAGAAAGACAGCAGAUCUGUCAUUAAAUCAUCCUCGAAUGGGAGGAAUGCCCCUAUCAACAAGUUCGCCACUGAUAAGCCGUAUAGAUUCCAACGUUUGCCUCACAGAAGUUCUGGUCAGACCACGUCUUCUAGACAGUUAAACUACAGAGGCCCAUCCGGAGCAAUGAGGGGGAACUACAGGAGUCGCCAGGAUGGGCAGAAAUACAGGAACCAGAGAGGUCGAGAUCGCCGGUAAAUUGCAUGAGAGGAAAGUAGGAAAAAUACCAUACCAGCAUACCACAAUGAUCCGUAUUGUAAAUAAUCGGUCGACAUUCUAAAACUUUAAGAAAUGGAUAACAGGAGCUUAUGUUUAUC